AUGAAGCUAAUGAAAAUGGAAUUCGAGUUCAAUGAGAAGCACGCCGUCACCGUGGAGCGGCUGAAGAAGGAACGUCCGCGGCUUUUGGAUGAUCAGGAGGGAGAAGGGUCGUCGGAGAGAUUUGUGGAUGUUGGAGGUUAUGAGGAGGGGGAAGAAGAAGAAGGAGGUGGACCGGUGGUGACUGUUGCGAAGGCGGCGGAUAAUUCGAGUGACGAUGGUGAUAAUAACAUUAGCAUCAACAACAUUGUUAACGGUGAGUAA